AUGCAUCUCUUCCGGGGACGACACCCUGCCAUUGCACUGCUCGCCGGUCUCGCCGCAGCUGUCCGCGGCCACACAGUGAUCAGCUACCCCGGCUGGCGGGGCGACAAUCUGGUCCUCAACGGCUCCGUGGAGGAUACCAAUGGUCUCGGCGUCGGAAUAUCGGACUCUGGGAUGGUGUAUCCGUAUGGCAUGCAAUGGAUCUACCCCUGCGGCGGUAUGCCUCUGACAAGCAACCGCACGACCUGGCCAGUAACAGGCGGCGCCGUGGCCUUCCAGCCCGGCUGGUUCCGGGGCCACUCGCACGCCCAGCUCUUUGUCAACAUGGGCUUCGGCGCCGUGCCGAUGAACUACUCGGUCCCGCUAGUAGCCGGCUUCGCCAUCUCGGGGCCGCAGGGCGACGACCCUUACCCCGGCACCGUGUGUCUGCCGCAGGUGCCCGUACCGGCCGGGUACGACGUCCGGGUCGGCGAUCUGGCGACUAUCCAGGUCGUUGAGAUCGCGACGCAUGGGGCUGCUAUGUACAGCUGCGUCGACAUCACGUUCGCCGACGCCGCUGAUGUCGCUGAGGUCAACGAGGGCAAUUGCUUCAACUCUACCAACAUCAUCUUCGACGGGGCAUCGUCGGCCGAGACGGAGACUUCAACAGGGCAAGUGUCCAGUACGCCAACUUCGUCACUUGUGCAUGGCGUCACAGCUACGGGCGCAGCGAAUGCAGGCAUGGAUAAUGCCAAGGCCAAGAGAGUCGUUGGUGCAUCGCUGUUCGUGGGACUGUUUGGGAUGUUUUGA